UUUCCGGGCGGACCCCAUAAGAGUGGCUAGAAUAAUUGUAGUUGAGAUUAAUAGAACUGCACGAGCUGGAGAACCGUAUGGUAGUAUCUAUCACUAGUGGAUGUCCUUCAAGGUGUGGGGACACAAAGCGGAUCUUGUGCUUCGUUUUGUAUUUUUGCGUAUGUUAAUGUAAAUUAAGCGUCAGAAAACUGUCUUCAGCACCAUUAUAGAAUGCACACUGUUGGUCAUUAAACCGCUGUAAAGUAGAACGCAAUGAUGAGGCGGCUUGUACACUUUUCAUUUCCCGUGAAGGAAGUGUACCGUGUUUUCCUUUGAGCGUUAAACAGAACAAGUUCAGUAGUUUAAUUUACUUUGAUUUUUGACACACCUUCAAGGAAAAGAACAGGACCGAGUUGAGAUUCAUUUGAUGUCGAAAGCAUUUGUAUGCUCAAGAAUGACAAACCACUUGGUUUUCUUUUAGAGAAAGCGUUUGAAACUCGCCGGUCAAUGGCAGAAGCUGUUUUCCAGGCUCCGAAGAGGCGCCUGAAGGUCUAUGAGUCCUACCUGGCCCCCUUCCCUAUUCACACAUCCGAUGAAGGAAAGCCGAAAGUGCACAAGGUAUACAGAGCGGAACUCUUCAAUCAGCACGUCAUCGUGACCGAUCCAGAAGAUCUUGAGGCUCUUUAUGCGAGGGGCUUUUUUGGAAAGGGUAUCCUGUCACGAAGUAGACCAGACUACAGCAUCUCUGACAGAUGGCACAAUGAUGGCCUUACUCAUAUGCCUGUCAUUUCAUCAGCUAAAUACCAGCUGCACUUGAGUUGGGUGAGACAAAUCCUGUACUCGCAGGGAAUGGAUGAAGAAGCUGUAGGAAAAAUUCUUGAAAGGUAUACAGAGAUUGGCCCUCUGACAAGUGCUGAGGGGGUUUUAACCCUUAAUGAUCAGUCUGAGGAACUAAACUCCUUAACAGCAAUGGAUGAAUAUAAUAUGGAUGGCACGGUCUCAAAAAAUUACAAACAUUCACCUUCAGAAUUAGAGCAACAGCCAUCAGAAUUAGAGCAACAGCCAAGCAGUCCACAUCGAAAGAAGCCACGACGUCAAGGAGAUCCUAAAUAUGACCCUCUGGCUGAAAUGUAUGCUCAAGAGCCAGAGCAAAUAGACCAAGAUGCUUUAUCUAAAGUAAAAUGUGAAAGGCAUGAUGAUUUUUUGGUGCACUGUGGCUGCCAUCUGCAGGAACGAGUCCUUACAGAGUUGACAACCAUAUCUGAACCAAGUGUGAGGCCAGCCUUCUCAAAUAAAUAUGAAUAUGUGCUAGUGAAGCAAGGUGAAGAUGUUGGCAAGCAGGUAGACCUCUCACAAAAUAAGAAUUCACCAAGACUGGUAUGCAAGAUCAACCCUUAUCGGGUUAUUGAAUACCUUCAGCUAAGUUUGGAAGAGGCAUUUUUCUUGGUCUAUGCAUUGGGAUGUCUGUCUGUAUACUUCAAUAAGGAACCACUGACAAUCCUUAAACUUUGGGAGGUUUUUAGUGAUGCAGACCCAAACUUCAGACCUAAAUAUAUGGUAUACCACCACUUCCGUAGCAAAGGUUGGGUGCCAAAGCCCGGGAUGAAGUAUGGAACUGACUUCUUACUGUACAGGAAGGGGCCACCAUUUUACCAUGCAAGCUAUUCUGUGGUGGUGGAGAUGGCAGACAGCAAUUCCCAAGGCUCAGUCCUCCGCCCUUUCAGCUGGAGGUCCCUUGCAGCAUUAGGCCGGAUCACACUAAAUGUUUCUAAGGAGCUGAUGCUUUGUUAUGUGAUCAGACCAGCAGAUUUGACAGAGGAAGCAAUGUCAUCUCCUGAAUGCAUGAGGCACAUUAAAAUUCAGGAGGUCAUUGUUAGCCGCUGGGUAUCUUCACGUGAAAGGACAGAGCAUGAAGAGCUACAGCUUUAGCUGCUGUUUUUUCACUGCUCAUGCCUAUGUCAAGGAAUCAUCCUUCUUCUUUUAAAAAUAAAGAACAUAUUUUCCAGCUCACCGUUUCAUGCUUUGCAGUGAUGCAAGAGGUGCAAUUGCCAAAGGAAGGUUCUUCUAUACAUUUCUUUGUGUGGCUUUGUUGCAGAGAUGCAUUCUGGAGUGAGGCCUGGGUUGGUUUGAUUCAUUCUUUUUGCACAGUCUGCAGAAACUCAAUGUCAUUGCUGCUGAACAACGUUUCUGAGUGGAUUUCUUGCCUUUAAUAAGCAUUUAAAAGAGAGAAUUAUCUGA